AUGCUACGGUUAGCGCAAUUUAUGUGCCUUCUCGCGGUGGCUUAUGCGAUUCCCGUCGACAACGGUGUCGAAGGAGAGCCAGAGAUCGAGUGUGGUCCUACUUCCGUCACUGUAAACUUUAAUACAAGAAAUCCAUUCGAAGGUCAUGUUUACGUGAAAGGACUGUUUGAUCACGACGAGUGCAGAAAUGACGAGGGUGGACGACAGGUAGCCGGCAUCGAACUACCGUUCGACUCUUGCAACGUCGCGCGAACCCGAUCCUUGAAUCCUCGAGGAGUGUUCGUCACCACAACCGUUGUAGUCUCCUUCCACCCUCAGUUCGUCACUAAGGUUGACAGAGCCUACCGUAUCCAAUGCUUCUACAUGGAGGCAGACAAGACCGUGUCUACUCAAAUCGAAGUUUCUGAUCUUACUACUGCCUUCCAAACUCAGGUCGUACCCAUGCCAAUUUGCAAGUAUGAGAUCCUCAACGGUGGACCAACUGGCGAACCAGUACAGUUUGCUACCAUUGGACAACCAGUUUACCACAAAUGGACUUGCGAUUCGGAGACUAUUGACACAUUCUGCGCUGUUGUACACUCUUGCACCGUCGAUGAUGGAAAUGGUGAUACCAUCCAGGUAUAA